AUGUGCCGGCGGUCGCUUGAGCCGUUAGCCUCGCCAUCCAUCAAGCUUUCCCUUCUUCUUGACAUCCAUCCGGCAUUCAUGCGACAAAAUCAGUUGAGGACAGGAUUGUAUCUUAAAGAUGGGUCGGAGCACCUGGAGGGCUCAAAGCUGUCGGACUUGCCUGCUGCGCAAGGUCAAGGUGAGAUAAUUGUGGUCCAUCGACCGAGACAACUAGUGCUGAUGCCUUACUUUCCGGGCACGCCAGUGCGACAAGACCCGGCCUGCUUAAGUCACACACGUCCCAUGAACACCGCCAUCGCUGGACGGAACGGUCGAUCCUUGAUGGUGUACCAGCACCAAGUACAAUUGGUCUCGAUCUUUCUGCGCGACUACUUACCCCCGGAGGCUCCAGAUUCGACGAAGCACCAGUCGCCUGUCCACUGGGUAGAACUAUUUUCUUCCUUCGUUCAGUCCGAGUCGCCAGUCGUCAAGACAGCCCUCGCUGCAUUGACACUUGUACAUAUGGCCUCCUUGCAACAGGACGACGCGCUGGCACAUAACAGCAGACAACAUUACGUGCAAGCAAUGCGGCAAAUAUGUGCACUAACAGAAGUAGACUACUGCUCUGAUCUCGUCCGCACUGCCAUGAUCCUUGCACUCUACGAGGUCUGCGCACAACCAUCAGGGCAAGACCAUGCAUGGAGUGUCCACGUUCAGGCAGCCUGCAAGUUAGCUAGUGAAUCCAACACCGCUACGGAGAUGUUAACAGCACAGGAUUUGCGUCGGCUUCGUACUAUUGAGCCGUCAGCUAAUAGGUUUGACAUACUCCUCGAUAUACUGUACGAGUUAGGUCAACUACACAGCUAUUCACAACAAGAGCUUCGUCGCAACAAGAUUACGUGGGACUCUGCAACAUACUUGAUACGAGUGUCUGUCAGUCUCGAGCGAAAGCUCUUGCACUGGAAUCACGAAUGGCAGUCAGAAAGCCGCUAUCCUUUGUUCAUGAUCGUGCCACCCACAGCGGGACCCACGGCCACACCGUCUGGCAAGCCGGAAGAGAAGAUGUCUAUACCGAAAGCUGAUGAUGUGCCGCUGUUAUUGUUCUACUGGCUGGGAAUGACUAUGGUUUAUGCUACGAUAGCCAAGGUAUUGCGAGGAAUCCAAGAUGUUCAGCAUGUACCUGCAACGAUGUUAGAGCGACGUCUGGCGAAGGCUACCGGUCUCUGCCAUCGCUUUGUUGGCCGCAUAUCCCAGUGCCAGGUGGGAUGCGCAGACAAGGGGCUGGGGACUAUUAUACUGGCAGCGGCGGUAGGCCAAGCAGCGCAGAAACUACAGUGUCGACUGUAG